AUGGCGCCGCGUCCAAAGAGAAAUUCGCGCAAGGAAGAGCCCAAAGAGGAGCCGUUCAUCCAUGACGGCGAAGAGGAAGAGGACGGAGAUGCCGACCUCGAGGCUGAUGGCCCGCCCAGCAUCGACCCGUAUGCCGUUCUGGGUCUUGAGAGGGAUGCAACAGCCGACGAUGUGAAAAAGGCAUACAGGAAGAUGGCGCUCAAGCACCACCCAGACAAGGCGCCCGCAGACCAGAAGGAAGCCGCGAACAAAGCUUUCCAAGAGAUUGCCUUCGCCUACGCCGUUCUGUCCGACGACCGCCGCCGCAAUCGCUACGAUGUCACCGGUAGCACCGCCGAGACGCUCGAGGACGACGGCGAGUUUGACUGGCUCAAGUUCUACCGCGAGCAGUUUGAGGACGUGGUGAACCAGGAGAACAUCGACAAGAUCUCGAGCUCAUACAAAGACAGCGCCGAGGAGAGGCGCGACCUGCUGAAUGUGUACACCAAGUACAAGGGCCGGCUUGACGCCAUCUACGAGAACGUGCUGCUGUCAGACAUUCUGGACGACGAUGACCGGUUCAGGCGCAUCCUGGAUGAAGAGAUUGCCAAGGGUACAAUUGAGUCGUACGAGGCGUACGAGCGCGAAAACACACAUGCAGCCCGCAACAAGGCCAAAGCAGCGGAAAAGAAGAGGAGAGACGAUUUCGACAAGAAGGAAGCCAAGAAGCACGCCAAGGAGGAAGCGGCAGCGAAGACGGCCGGCAAGCCGAAGCCAAAGAGCAAGAAGAAGGAUGGCGGCGGCAUGGGAGACCUUGCUGCACUUAUCGCACAGCGACAAAAGUCCCGGCACGGCAACUUCUUCGAUCACCUCGAAGCCAAGUACGCGCCUAAGGGACGAGAAGGCAAGCGCACUUCUCCUAUGGACGAACCGCCCGAGGAGAUGUUCGAGGCCAUGGCCGCGAGGAAGAAGCAAAAGACCAGCACCCGCUCGAACAAGGCAAAGGCUGAUGCGGACGCAGACCUUGCGGAAGAAGAUUUAGGUGGGUCUGAGGAUGAAGAGGAAGAGGAGGCGCCACGCAAGUCUAGAAAGGCUGCAAAGCCGCGCGCGAAGAGGGGAAAGGCCGCUGCUUAA